CGGUCGGGGCUCAGUGGCUCAGUUUGCCCCGGGAUGUUGUCGAUGAAUGAUCCGAGUGCUCUUGCGGGAAUGUUGCCCUUCGACUCAAUCGGUCUCUACGAGCAACCUAAACCGCGGUUCAUCUUCAAGAUGCCGCGAGUUGUUCCCGACCAGAAGGCCAAAUUUGAGUCCGAUGAACUGUUCAGGAGACUUUCCAGAGAAAGUGAGGUCAGAUACACAGGAUUUAGAGACAGACCACAAGAAGAACGUCAAGUUCGGUUCCAAAACGGUUGUAGAGAAGGCCACACAGAAAUUGCGUUUAUAGCGACAGGAACAAAUAUUCAACUAGUUUUUAGUCCCAGCACGAACGGAUACCACAUCUCUUCCGCCGCACGAGAAUGUGACUUCGAUAAAGAACACGGAAAGUUGAGGAUGAGCGGCCUGCAAAACGCAGCCAACCACCACGGAGGCUCACCAGCCACCCGCUGCCCCCAGCGAGGAGUGCCCUUGCAAGGCCGAAAGAAGAAUGAUCUCAGCCACGGACACCACAACUAAAUUCUUAACUUCUCCUGUAAAUAAUUGUGUAGAUAGAUCGAAUGUUUCCUAAUGACUAUAAUGUGACUGUAUGUAUGAUUGGAUGGAAUAGUUUUGAAUCCUGAGUCUAUGUGAUUUCGAUUUUCAAAUUAAAAUACUAGGUAUGUGUCAGUGAAUCAUCUUGUGUCUUAUUAAUAAUCGGCUAAACUUUUACUCCAAUACAUUAUGAAUUCACAAAUGGAUUCAGAAAGCAAGAGUGAGGGUACGAUGAAAGAUAGCCUACAGAAUUUGACGGAAAAUGUUUUCAAGAAUUUACUUUCUAGCAGUAAAACAAUAAAAUAAAAAGUUUUAAGAGAAAUAAAUUCAUUGAUUUCUUGACCGUAGACAUUAUAAUAUUCUUUCCAUAGACUGAUAAUCUUCAAAAUGCAUUUUUGAGCUUGUGAAGAUUUUCUCUUGCGAUCCAAUCAUACUAAUUAAAUGAACGACAAAUUGUGCAAUAGGAUCUUUGUUCGUGAUUUUCUGACAAUUCUGAUUCAUCUGAGUUACUCGAUUUGAAUAGUAGAUAUAAUUUACAUCGUAUAGGCCUACCUAAUACUAUUAUUUUUAUCGUAUACCAAAUAAGAAGAUUCUCAAGUACGAUGAGAGGUCCUUCUCUUCUAAUGAUAAUGAGAAAUAACCAGAAUGAAAAUAACAAUAUUUCCACUCCAGCAUAGAUGUUAAUUAGUUGUGACACUAUUUUGUUUUAUAAAAAUGGAAUAAUCUACUAAUUUUUUACUUUUCAUAAGAAAAUUACUGAUCACGCUUUUGAACAUAGAUUGACAACUGCAAGUAAUAUAAUAGGAGUAGCCAGGUAUAACUAUAGUUAUAUUCAACUUUGACAACCAGUCGGGCUGUUUUUGAAGUGAAGUCGAUAUUUGAUUUUGAAGUGCUAGAAACUACAGAACUAUAAAAUCAAUAGUUGAUAAUUUAUAUUCUAUAAUAGAAAGAUGAAACCAAUUCAUUUUACAACGCUGAAUCCUUCAUAUUUCAUAAAAAUCUACGUUGUAAAUCUUUUCGAUAAUUUGAUAUCAACUUGUUUCAUGUGUUAUAGAAUAAUUCAUUGGAUUUCAGGCAAGGCAGUUUCUUCAGUACUUUUUGCUUUUUCGAUUCUUCUUUUUCCAGAACAGCUAAGAAUUUUCAGCAAAAUAUAUGUAAUAUUUGUAUACUUAAACCAAAUAGAUGGUUUGAAAUGCUUACAUAACGAUCUCGAUUCUAGUUGGAGGGAAUUCUCAAUCACCUGUGAAAUUUUAGGAUUGAUGAUAUUUUUUCUCCAAAGAUAUAUAUAUAGAAGCAUCAUAGAAUGUUUUCUAUGUCUAUCAACCUCCAUUGAUGUUCAAUAAAAGAGAAUUCUAGCUCUUCAACUUCUGAAUGUAUCAUCUCUGUCUUGUCUAAUCAUGUUUAAGCUGAUAGGAUAAAUGAAAAAGUUCAACAUAUAAUAAUUAUGUUAUGCGAGUGUCAAUAGUAAUCUUUUCUUUGUCAAUCUAUAAAAUGUGUAAAUCAGGUCAUGAUGGAUGAUUAUAUUAUAUCUUAAUUAUAAUAAGUCUGUGAAUAUUGUGAUUUUCCUAUAAUAAUUUAAUAUUGUCAUAACUUGUAAUACAUUACUGUAAAAUAGUUGUUUGAUUAAAUCCCAUUAGUUCAA